AUGGACAACGCGGAUCAUGUUGCGCUGCCGAAAGGCAUCGUUGUGAACACGAGUACUAUUUAUCAAGAGGUUGCGAGCUUUCCCCAGGUGCCUCCUGACCAGGCGUGGAAGUACUGGAGAGUGUACACAACUACAAACAAAAAGCUCCAAGAUCCCAUCGCUCGGCGGCUCGAGAACUUUUGGUGGCAUGUAAUGGGGAGUGAUCGACGUCUCCUAAGUGGCAGUACUUUGGCCUCGAUAUACGAGCAUAUCUCAUUGGGACCGACUUUUGUGCCCUUGAGAGGGCCGCCAAACCGAUGGGAAGGACCAGAUAGCUCUACUCCGAGCAGGCCAACGGUGCAUCUUGCUGGGAUCAACCAGCAGGGUGAAAUGCUGGCUGAUGGCAAAGGUCCCAGCAAGUCCGACCUGGUUUUGUCUAGCGCUUCAAGACCCCCUCCAGCUCAUCCCAUCUUGAAGAAGCCCAGAGGUCCAUCGACAACAGGACCUCGCCCUACGGCACGUUUCGUCUCACCCCACGAGUCUGAGGAAGAGCAAUAUAUGGAAGGCGACAUUCCAUCAUCGGGAAGCACUAUCACUCCGGGAUUAGAAAUGCGAACACCCAACCCUUCACCACCCAAGAAGAAAGCGCCGCUGCAGUCCAAAAAGUUUGUCGCCUCUGCUGGACAUUCGAAGAGGCGACCAGUAAUACGCAGAAAGUCUAGCUCCCAGCCCUCCGGGGUGCCGAAACUGGCAAGCAAAGAUGCCACUGCGGCAGCCCCAAUCUCACAAAGCCCCGAGGAGAGCCUUUCACCUAAGACGCCAGUAGCACCUGUAGCACCUGAUAUUCCCGGCCCAUCAAGUCACGAAAGCUCGAAAGCAACUCAUAACAUGGGUUCAGUCGACUCCAACAGAUCGCAACACCUUAGCGAAAAAGCAGCUGGAAAGAGACCAGCUGUCGUGAGGAACACUACUACCGACAAGAUGACGACAACAUCAAGGCCACAAGCACCUUACAUGUCCCGGCAAUCUUCGCACCACGACUUGAUAUCAACUAGAAAAUCGCUUGCGAAACUCUCAGAAGGUGUCCAGGACAAUCACAGUCCAUUCUCCAAAGAGAUCGAUGCACCCGAAGUAUUAACUCCACCGAACCCUCCUGCGCCGAUGCUUCGAUCCCAGUCCCACUCUGGGUUUAUUCGUCCUAGAGAGGGGAUUCAUAUAAAGGCGCCAAAUCCAAAGUUGUUUACUGGAGCGACUGCUUCGACGACGAACAUAGCUGCACAGGGAACCAUCAUCGACCAGGCCGGGAGUGUUGGAUCGCUCCCAAUCACCCACCAUUUUGGACACCGAUUCGACGAGGAUAUUUCACCAUCUUCUUCUUUACUAGAUUCCCACCUCACGCCAACCCAGCCAAGUACCUCGGCCAGUGUUCCGCUUGGCAGAACCAAGAGCCAAUUAACUCUUCUUCUGGAGAGGGAAAAGGCUAGGGCAGGCAAUAAGCCCCGAUCUAGGAGCUAG